AACCGAUUGAUUAGGUCUCGAACGAGCUGGACCUAUCACUGUGCGCUGCGCCUUUAGUCGUUUCAUACAGUCAUGGACGAAGACGCAGUACCAUCGUCUCUGGAGGAGGCUGUGAGAAUAGACCCGGCAACACUACGUCAAAACAAGUACGUUUCAGAGGAAACUCUCAAGAGUAUAUCCUCUCACAAAGGUAUCGUUGGGACAAUCUUGACCGACAGCCUUGGAAUCCCCAUCAAGAGCUCCAUGGACCACGCCACAACGACACAGACAGGUACUUAUUCGUGCAGUACGCAAGAUACGUCGCUCUGAUCGUGAUGAAAUCUAAGAACUUGGCGGCCGAUAUCGAACCAACUGACACCAUGAUGUUGGUGAGAGUGAGAACGAAAUUACACGAGCUCAUUGUUGUCCCCAGCGAAGACUACUACAUUAUAAUCGUCCAGAAAGUGGUAGUGGGCGACGAGCACCAGCACCAUCAACACCACCACCAGCGCCAAUAGCAAUAAUAAGAAAGAAGCGAAUCUGGAAGGGAAUAUUCUACCAUUCACAGGGCCCUGUUAAAAUUUGGCUACCGCGUAAUAGGGUUAGGGCGUGUGUCGUGAGCUCACGCGAGGGAUUCGCCACAGGUGAGAGCGCCGGAUCGACGAAUGCGGCAGGAUGUCGCAAUGUGGCAGCGCUGGAGCUGAGAUUCAAGCGGCAGCGGCGUCAUGAGGUGUGGAUUGGAAUCGAGCGACUGGAAUUUGGCAAUGAGAGUGCUCCUCCUGCUGCUGCUGCUUCCCCUGCUGUGGUAUCGAGCUGGAUCUGCGAGCGCGAGCGAUGCUAGAGGCGAUGGCGAUGGCGGUAGCAGCAUAGGGGCCGAUGCGUUAGAGAUUCUUGAGGCGGCGGCGAAGAAUGGGAGUGGUGUGGAGGGAUUUGGCGGUGCUGCGAAUGGGACUGGAGGGAAUGCUACUUUCUCUGUUAGGUGGGACGUCAAGAGCAACGACACAAGAAACAAGGAGGUGAACGACAAGGCGAGCCAGAUAGUCAAGAAUGUGGAGAAGCUUUUUGAUUCUCUGGAGGAUGACAGCCAGAAGGAAGCGGGCAAGUUUAACGACACGAUUGAGAACCAAGGUGGUGUGCUCGAGACUGUUGCGAGAGUCGGCAAGCACUCCAUGGACGAGGAGGAGCCCGGGAGCAAUGGCAAAGAGAGCGAGCAGCAGUCUGGCAAAGAUGACAAGCCGGACGAAGAGAAAGCGAUCGGUCCAGAAGGGGUGGUGGUGGUGCCACAGCAGCAGCAGACUAAUGCCACUGCCGAGAAACAAGACGAGCGAAGUGAUAGUAGUGCCACAUUGGAGCAUCCUUCCAUUUUGCCGCAUCCAAGUCCAAACGCUACGACUAUCGGUCAGAAGCCCGGUGGUGAGAAGAAGAACUCCACGGCAGGAAAAGACAAUGGGCGACGCUACCAGUCGGAGGACGUUGCUCGGUUGAUCGACAGAGACGACAACGAGUACGUUAUCAGUCAUCCCGGGAAGAGGUCUCAGAUGCAGUUUCAGGAGGACUUGAUGUUGAUCCGGGACAUUGUCGUCGUCAUGGUUGCGUCCGCGCUUGGAGCUAUCGUUUUUGCGUUCCUGGGACAGCCCGUGAUCCUGGGCUACCUUGCUGCUGGGAUGUUCGUGGGACCAGGUGGUCUCCACCUUGUUCACGAGCUCGUCCAGGUGGAAACACUCGCUCAGUUCGGUGUCAUAUUCUUGCUAUUCGCUCUCGGCGUGGAGUUUAGCGCGACAAAGAUGCAGGGAGUGAAAGCCGUGGCUUUAGGCGGGGGCUGCAUCCAAAUCCUCACGGCGAUGGUGCUUGGGGCCCUGCUCUCCACGACGGUUCCGCAGGGUAUCUUCAUUGGGGCUUUUCUGUCCAUGUCGUCCACCGCGGUCGUGGUAAAAUGCAUGAUGGACGCCAACAUGGCCGGCACGGAACACGGUCAGAUACUACUCGGCACGCUUAUUUUCCAAGACUGCGCUUUGGGGCUCUUGCUAGCCGUCAUGCCGGCACUCGCGGCCAAAGGCAGCAGCUCCUGGACGAUCCUGAUUGCAUUGGCAAGGGAGUGUCUUUUGCUGUCCGGUUUUUGUGCGGUGGCCUGGAUCGCCUCCAAGUUGGUUGUUUCACGGUUGCUUUCGGCUCUCAGCCGCUUGUCGAAGAACAGCUCCGAGUUGUACCAGCUAGGAAUCGUUGGACUUUGUCUGAGUAUAUCCAUGCUAAGUCAAAGCCUCGGGCUCGGGCUUGAAGUUGGCGCUUUCGUCGCGGGUCUCAUGCUAUCAGGUGGAACGUAUAGCGAGAAAACUCUCCACCACGUCGAGCCAAUACGGAAUAUAUUUGCCUCGCUUUUUUUAGCUUCUAUCGGCAUGGUCAUGCACCCCGUAUUUCUCUGGCAGCACAAAGAUAUUCUACUGGGGUCACUCGCGGUUCUGUUCUUCGGCAAAACAUUCUUGAUCGCUAUAGUGGUCUGUGCAUUUGGCUACAGCACUCCUAUAUCUGUGAGCGUUGGCAUUGCUCUCGCACAGAUCGGGGAAUUCUCGUUUGUGCUGCUGAGCCGUGCUCAAGGCCUGGGACUAGUAUCCAGAAAGCUCUACCUCCUCUUGAUGGGUACCAGCGCAUUCAGCCUUGUCCUCACUCCAUUUGCGUUCAAGCUCGUCGCCCGCCUUGUACCCAGGGAGAAGAAAAGCCAGUACGCACUUUUCAACUUACCAGUGCAUGGCUUCGGUUACCACUUGGAAACAGGUGACAAGAAGCAGCACACCGAGGAUAAUCUCGAGGACGAGAAGGACCUUCUCAAUCAACAAAGUAAGCCGAGUGAAGGGAAAGACGCCGAAGAUGCUCGAGAGAAGUUAUUCCCACAAGUCACGUUGCGGAGACCAUUUUCACAAGUGUUUAGUGGACACUGGAGGUGAACAGGUAAGUGUACAUUAACAUCAGAAGCCAGUGGGUAAGGGAUUCUUUUUCCCGUUACAAUAAUCGCCGUUCUCUUCUAGUUUUUUUCUUUUUUUUUCUCAGUUUCGAAGUCUUGUUUUCUAUUCUUCUGUAACAAAUUUUUUCAGGCAAUUGUAUAGAGGUUUCAGUUA